AAAAAUCUUCCUUACGGUUGGCCAGCAGUCAUGCUCCUCACCAAAUACUACAUCCUUCAUCAUAGUGAUUACAUUAGUGGUUACAGUGAAGCUUUGUCCAUGCCUCUCUGGACGUCUUAUACUGUAUCUAAGCAGGUAGAUUUCACUCCUCUGACUGAGGCUCUGAGCAACUGUGUUCGGCCUGAUAUUAGAGUUCCUACAGUCUACAGUCAGUCCUGCUCAAACUACCGUGCAGACAAACAGAUUUCCUACAGCUUCCUCUAUCCACCUCAGUUGUCCUCCUCUCAGGAAGUGAGAUAUGAUGCUGUUCUCAUUACCAACACUGUACCAAUGUAUCCAGCAUUCGAACGUGUGUGGGGUUAUUUCCAGAAAUCACUUGUGAGACGUUAUGCUAGUGAGAGAAAUGGAGUGAAUGUGGUUGUUGGACCCAUCUUCGACUAUGACUACAAUGGUCUUAGGGAUUCAGCAGAGACAAUAAAACAGUAUGUCAGUGGCUCUGUGCAAAUCCCAAGUCAUUACUACAUUGUGGUUACAAGUUGUCUGGAUUACACACAGACUGUUGACUCCUGUGUUGGUCCUCUCAGUGUGUUCUCUUUCAUCCUUCCACACCGAUCAGAUAAUGAUGAAAGCUGUAAUAGUUCAGAGGACAAGACAAAGUGGGUCGAGGAACUGAUAAAGACACACACAGCACGUAUAAGAGACGUAGAGUUACUUACAGGACUGGACUUUUAUCGCCACACUAGCAGGACCUAUGAGGAGAUCCUCUCUUUAAAAACGUACUUACACACAUAUGAGAGUGAGAUCUAAACCACUGCAG